AUGUUCUCCACUUCCUCUAGUUCGAAUUCUGGACUCUAUGAUCGCUUGAAAGAAUAUACUCGUGAAAUUCCGAAAGAUCAAGUUGCUUGUAAGGUAGGCCCGGGCUUUUAGGCUUCAAAAAUAAAAAAAAACAAAAAAAGUUGCAUCGACCGGGAAUCGAACCCGGGCCGCCCGCGUGGCAGGCGAGCAUUCUACCACUGAACCACCGAUGCGUGCGCUCUUCCUUGUUUAUUUUCCAUAGAAAAUAUCGCUCGAAAAAAUAAUUGCGAUGGAGCGCACUUGCCCCCACUUGAUAGGAUAAAAGUGCAUUUUUGGGUGUAAAAGAAUCAGAUAGAUAGAAAGGGGGGAAAACCGGUUUUUUUCGAGGUGUGUACUAUUUUAAAGUGAAGAAAACGAUGAACUUUUUUGGUUUUGAACGGAAAUUUUGGCGGGAAAUUCAAAUUUUUUCGCAGAUUUUGCUCGAUUCUCUAUCACACGUCGUCGAAUUGGAGCAACAAUUACAUCAACUCGAGCAAAAAACGGCGCACUUCAAAAUGCGUCAAUUUCAAAUUUUGCAAAAUGUAUGUGUCCCCCCCUCCUUUAAAAUUGCGCGCGAAAUUUUUGAAAUUCAAAUUUCGUUUUUGCAGAAUCCUGAAAAAGUUCCGGAGGAUCUGGCGUCAGUGGAUGUUAGCGAAUUCAAACAUCUGGUUCACAAUUCGACGAUGAAUUUUUCGCGAUUUUAA